GUCGAGCUCAGAGUAUCUUCUUUUGUAGCCUCUAUUCAUCAUAUACCAAUAGCAGUCGAGCGAAAAGCAGUCGCACGAUAUAGGCCCUUGUGCUGGCAGAACCAGCCUAUUGCUACGUAUAUUUCCCCCAGCCUGGUACUGCAGCGCUGGGGGAUAGCUGAUUCAGCGGCGUUCGGCGCUCCGAUGGCCCGGGUCAGCCCACUUUCUAUAGCCUGCAAGCCCAGCCUGGCGUCCCCUGACUGCUAGUUUAACCGUGGCCGGGAGCCGCGAGUGGGGGCCUAUGAACGGGACCAGCUCGGGCGGCCAAGAGUUGGCAGUCUUGGACACAGUCACAAUCCCAGUAUGGAUUUACAGUUGUCUCAGCCAGCGGCUGGUAUGGGCCAAUAGGGCCGCUUUGCGAUACUUCAACAAGACGCUGGACGGAUUCACGUCUUACAAAUUCGGACGGCUUUCACCAGAAGAGCUAUCCAGCUUCAACGUGCUCAAUACGCUGCUGCGGGAUGAAGUGGAGAAUGGAGGCCUGGACCAGGUCAUCUCUGGGUUUGGGCACUCGGUGCUGCCUGGCGUCAUCCCGCAUGACGACUUGUGCAGCAGCGAGUUCCUGUACAAGCAAAUCUACUUGACGCAGCCGGUGUCGGGCUGCAUGCGGGCGACGCAAGUCCAGCUGAUCAGCGGGCCAAACAUGAGCCUUCCCACGGUCAACACAGCGAUUGUGAAGACCGUGCGGAGAGAGCAGCGGGGGCGGCAGUCAUCGGCGGAUGGGCGCAUGGUGAACGGCACGAAAGUGACGUCCACGGUGUCCAGCCUCAUCGAGAUGUGCGACCGCAUCCUCAAGGGGCAGGAGGUGGACCUCAACAGCGUGGAGGCGGUGCAGCAGGCCGUGCUGCGCGGGGACAUCAUCACGCAGCCCACGCGCAUCGAGGAGGAGCUGGUGUCUAAGGAGGAGCUGGACCAGGACGUGGGCCUCAACCUGCUGCAGCUGCUGGGGGGGAAGAAGCUGGGGGAGCGCUUCGCGCCGGCGCCAGAGAGCUACGACGGCGAGGUGAUAACGAACCCCAUGCAGAGCGGCUCGCGCGUGCCGGGGACCGGCGGCCCCACCGCCGGGGGCGCCACCGGCGCGCCCGGAGGGCCGGGGCCGGCGCCGGCGGCGCCCAAGGAGGAGGCGGAGCCGACCGGUGAUGAGGAGAAGGACGUGGUGGCUGCGAGCCUGGUGCCGGCCAUGGAGGCGGUGUUGAACACGGUGGAUGAGUGGCGCUUCAACGCCUUCAAGCUGGCGGAGGUGACGCAGGGCCACCCGCUGUCGGCGCUGGGCUUCUGGCUGAUGAAGCGGUACGACCUGAUCGGCACCUUCCAGCUGGACGCCACCAAGCUGGCGCGGUUCCUUCGGAAGAUUGAGGACGGCUACCCGGACAACCCGUAUCACAACAAGACGCACGCGGCGGACGUGCUGCAGGGCAUGCACUGCCUGCUCACGCGCGGCGGGCUGCACAAGCGGCUGGGUGAGGACGUGGCCAUAUUCGCGUCCUACCUCGCCGCCAUUACCCACGACUACGAGCACAAGGGCCUCAACAACGACUUCCUGGUGCGCGUCGGCGACGAGCUGGCGUUCACCUACAAUGACAUCUCGCCAAUGGAGAACCACCACAUCGCGGCGGCGUUCAAGCUGAUGCGGCAGAAGGACUACAACUUCAUAAAGAAGAUCCCGCGCGAGAAGUGGGUGCGGCUGCGGCGGCUGCUGAUCGACAUGGUGCUGGCGACGGACAUGAAGCAGCACUUCAACAUCCUGUCCAAGUUCCAGUCCAAGCUGCAGGUAAAGCUGCGCUCCACCAACUUCGCCGCGCCCAACCUGUCGCACCUGGAGUCGCCCAGCAACGAGGACCCGCUGCCCAUCAGCGACGACGACGCCGACAAGUCACUGGUGCUUCAGGUGGGGCUCAAGUGCGCGGAUGUGGGGCACCUGGCCGCGCCGUGGGAGGUGCACCACCGCUGGGUGAGCGGUCUGGAGGAGGAGUUCUUCCGCCAGGGCGACAAGGAGAAGUCCAUGCACAUGAUGGUGUCGCCGCUCAUGGACCGAUGCAAGGACGGCAUCACCAAGUCGCAGGUGGGCUUCUUCGACAUCGUGGCGCUGCCGCUGUUCUACAGCUGGGCCUCGGUGUUCCACGAGGCGCUCCCGCUGGUGCGCGCCGUGGAGGACAACUGCAACCGCUGGCGGUCGCUGGAGAUGGGCCGGCAAGCCGGCUCGAAGUGAGGGCGCCAGGAUGCGGGCGGCCUGGACGGGGCUGGCAGAAUGCGGCGGCAUGCGGCGCGCCGGGGCAACGGCAGAUGCAGGGCAUUUGGCGCGCAGCGGCUGCAGCAGGGUCGGUGGGGUGACUAGGGCAUGUGGGGGGAGGCUUCACAAGAGACGGGUGCUGGCUGGCUGCCAACACUGUGAGGACACUGUGCAUAGUGGCUUUGCAUGUACGCCUGCCCGGCGCUGAGGGCGCUGGAUGGGCUGACCAGCGAGGCGCGCGGCGCACAUGCAUAGGAAGACCGACUGGCGCGAGGGCCGCGGCAGGAGCUGCGCAUCGGAACAGCAAGGCAGCGCACACUGCCGCUGUGGAUAUGCGCCGGCAGCGGUGGCUUUAAGCGGUCGGCUAGCAAGCUGUCGCGCUCAUGCCCUCAGCAGCUGCGGUUGCUGUCGCCACUGGUGCGAUGCGCGUGUGGGGUUAGCACAGACCGACCUCGUGACGCCGCGACCAUGCACGCGCAUGCAGCUGGGCACAGCACACCGUGGGACUGCAUCAGUGAAGCCGGUACCAUGCCGCUUCGGCUUGGUCUGGACGGACGGCUUUCGUCGCUGGUUGCCAGGGGCGCGGAUAGCGGCCGGCGGGCCGUGGAGCACUGUUGCGUGGCAUGCAACUAGCAUGGUGUCGCCCAAGGGUGCUCCGUCGGGCCGCAGCGCCGUCUCAGCGACGACCUGGUCCCAGGAAGCCACCCGUUGCACGGUGACUCUAGAGGACCUGCUUCUAGCGGACUCGGCGUGCAGACUGGGUCGUGUGCAUGCGUGUAGUUAUGUGUUGAGGGAAGCGUAUGACUGAAUGAGUGCGAGCGACGUGCAGGAAGGGUUGGGACAGGAAAAUCUGCGGAGCUAUUUUGUACCUACUGAAGUGACUUGCACAGCGCAUGUGCAAUGCCGCAUUGACGCUACCUACCUAUGCCGCCAACGUCGUGUGGGCCACAACAGUUUGGACUGCCGUCUGCGUGCUUCUACUUAGGACGUCUUAAGAUUUAGCUGAAUUGCGCUUUGCAAAGAUGAUCCAUGGAUUUGGACCGCACUCACGAUUGCUAACUUUGUUUCUGACCUCGUGAGGGCGGUGCGUGCGUGUAUGGGUUAUGCCACAAAGCAAGGAGUACCGCGCCCUGCAACACAUUGGGCUGUGAAGCCAUGGCAUUGCGGUGUGGAGUUGAAGAAUUCUAAUGUAAUGGAUGUGUCCA